GCCAGCCUCGCUCUGGCAGGGGGUGUGUUUCUGUGGAGCUGAGGGCCCCCGGUACGGAAUAGUUUGUCCGCCCUGGGAGCCCGUCGCGGCUGCGACGUUUUGACGUGUGAAGGGGCGGGGCGCCGGUGGGCAUGAUGGUGGAGUCCAGCUGAGCGCGCGGGCUGGGAGAUACUUUAUUCAAGAGAACUUAAGACGCAUUGCAUAAAUCAAGAACUCGAAGCUGAGUUUUCACUUUGUUGAGAUUGUUGCUCAUAAGAGAUAUGGUACUGAUUGUUUUAUUCAUGAUGCCUGCUGCUUGUGAUUCACUGCUUGAAGAUAUUGAGGAUAUUGUGUCAGCACAAGAUGUGAAACCACAUGACCGACAGUUUGCACGAAAGAAUGUUGUUCCUAAAGUGCGAAAACGCAAUUCACAAAAAAAUGUUCAGGCAGAUGAUGAUCCACCAAGCGAUAGCAUUAUUCCCGGUGCACAAAAAAUCUGGAUACGCACAUGGGGAUGUUCUCAUAAUAAUUCAGAUGGAGAAUACAUGGCUGGACAGUUGGCUUCUUAUGGGUACAAAAUUACAGAACAAUCUGAACAUAUAUCCAUUGUCUUACUGAACACAUGCACAAAAAAAGGAGAAAUUAAUUCUCACUUUUAAAAAAAUCAUUUUAGGAAAGCCCAAGAAGACGACAAGAAAGUGGUUCUAGCUGGAUGUGUUCCACAAGCCCAGCCUCGUCAAGAUUACCUCAAAGGUCUGAGCAUUAUAGGGGUUCAGCAAAUAGAUCGUGUAGUAGAAGUUGUGGAGGAAACUAUUAAAGGUCACUCUGUGAGACUGCUGGGUCAGAAAAAAGAUAAUGGAAAACGGUUGGGGGGAGCUCGAUUGGAUUUGCCAAAGAUUAGGAAGAACCCACUGAUAGAAAUCAUUUCCAUCAAUACAGGGUGUCUCAAUGCAUGUACCUAUUGCAAAACCAAGCAUGCCAGAGGAGACCUAGCAAGUUAUCCAGUUGAAGAACUAGUGGACAGAGCCAAACAGUCUUUUCAAGAGGGUGUUUGUGAGAUAUGGCUGACCAGCGAAGACACAGGGGCUUAUGGCAGAGACAUUGGCACAGACCUUCCUACGCUUCUGUGGAAGCUGGUUGAAGUUAUUCCUGAGGGAGCUAUGCUGAGACUUGGCAUGACAAAUCCUCCCUAUAUUUUAGAGCAUCUGGAGGAAAUGGCAAAGAUUCUCAAUCAUCCAAGAGUAUAUGCUUUUCUUCACAUACCAGUCCAAUCUGCUUCUGACAGCAUACUCAUGGACAUGAAAAGAGAAUAUGGUGUGGAAGACUUCAAACGGGUAGUGGAUUUCCUUAAAGAAAAAGUGCCUGGAAUAACAAUUGCUACAGACAUCAUCUGUGGUUUUCCAGGGGAGACAGAUGAAGAUUUUCAAGACACCAUGAAACUUGUAGAAAAGUACAGGUUUCCAAGCCUCUUUAUUAAUCAGUUUUACCCACGUCCAGGGACUCCUGCUGCAAAAAUGCAUCAAGUUCCAGCCCUAGUGAAAAAGCAAAGAACAAAGGAUCUAUCCCAACUGUUUCAUUCAUACAAUCCUUAUGAUCAUAAGGUUGGCGAGAGACAGAGAGUUCUAGUAACAGAAGAAUCUUUUGAUUCCCAGUUUUAUGUUGCUCACAAUCAGUUCUACGAGCAGGUUCUCGUGCCAAAGAACCCUGAAUUCAUGGGUAAAAUGGUAGAAGUGAAUAUUUAUGAAGCAGGGAAACAUUUUAUGAAGGGGCGGCCAGUGUCAGAUGCCAAUGUGUUCACUCCAUCCAUCACCAGACCGCUAGCAAAAGGACAGGUUUCCGGUAUAACAGAGGAGUUCAGAUAUGUGCUGGAAAAUGGCUUGAAUUUGAAAGCAUGCCCUUCUGCUGGAAUCCGAGAAAAAGCAUCCUUGAGUUCCAGGAAGGUGAUGCAACUUCCUUGGCAGCAAGAAGGAGGUGGACUGAAGAUGCUGUCUGUCAGCCUGGCUUUACUGGCAAUUCUUGUUACUUUUUAUUAUGGAGGUGUUUAAAUAGAACACUGAACUGAAAGAAGCUUUUGUGAACAAAAAUAAAGUGCUGAUUAAAAUCUU